AUGGAGUCAAAAGACUCACUUCAAAGCUUCGAUAAUGAUCCUAUUGAAGACCACCGAAAGUUUGUAGAAGCCAAAAACAUGAGAAAACAGGCUGAAGAGGAUGCAAAGUUGUUAUUUAAUCGUAUAGCCCUUUUAAAACAGGAAGAAGCCAAAGCAAUCAGAUCUAUCGAAGAAACAAGAAAACGGGCUAGAGAAAUCAUGGAAGUCAGAGCUAGGAACUUAGAAAACCAAAAGAAAAAAGAAGAACUAAAGCAAGCCAAAGAAGAGGAAGAAAAAGAAAAAGCCUCUCAUUAUAGAGCAGAAAAAGAAAGACUUAAAUCUGCAAGAUCUAUGACAAGAGAAGAAAUGCUGGGAAAACUUAAAGCUGAAGUACAGCAAAUCAAACAAUCCAAACAAGAAAGCAAAAGCAUAAGGGAAAAACAAAGACAAGAAGAGCUUAAUCAGAAAUCGGAUGCAGCAAAUCAAAUAAAAAGAGAACAAAAAGAAGCAGAAAGAAGGAAAAAAGAAAAAGAACUGCAGAGAAAAGAAAAAGCAAGAAUUGAACUGCAGAGAAAAAUUGAAGAGGAAAAUAAAAUUAGGGCAGAAAAAGAAGCGGAAAUUGCUAGGAUGGAGCAAGAAGAGCUGGAACUUAUUCAGAGACUGCAGAAUUCGCAGAUUUUGCAGAAGUCAGUGUAUGACCAAUUAGAACAGGCACUGUCCGGGAAUCCUGAUUCAGUAGCUUUUCUUACUGCGCCGAGUUUGCCUGAAACUAAUGCUAUAAAAUAA